UUGGUACAUUUAUUUGAUGGAGCAUGGCAACUAUUGAUCGGACUGGUGACCUGCGCUCUGCCAUUCUUCUUUACAAAGGUUUGUUACAGCGCAGCAACAUUCAGAUGCUGAAAUGCUGACCCAGCACCCAGCUGUCUUUGUGGUUGUGUCUGUUGCCAGGAAAGAGAAGAGCAACUACAGUUAACGCAGCAUGGAUAACAAGGUUAUGGGGAAAGGAUCCACAGCCUUAAUCUACCAUUUGGGCCCCUCAUUGGGUUCUCGUGCGUUUGAAUUUCUUACGCCUUCAGACGUAUAUGACUUCAAAAAUGAUAACUGUGUGUUAUUUCGUCUUUUGCUCUGAAGCUGAGGUCCCUUGUAACAAAGUGAAUCAGCGAAAUAAGCAUAGAAAAGGGUUGCUCUGAAAAAUGAGUAAUAUUCAGGGGGCGUCAGAUAGUGUCCAUUCGAUAUGGUAAGAAACAUGACCCUUUUACCACAAGAAAAAAAUCGGCAGAAAAUCAACCGAGUACGUUUUCUGAAUAUCGAGUCGACACUGGAAGGCGGCCAGUUGUCCAGUAUAUCAGAAAGGGAUGUGAUAUAUUUAUCACCGUGUCCUUGCUGGACUCAUUCGUUCCCAUCCGGAAAGAAAAGACACUUUGUGCCAUCUGUCCUUCUGCUGCCGAGAAGAUAAGAGGCCCUGUGAAGGCCUUUGAACUGCGUAGCAUCAAUGACAAGUUUCUCUGACCCCUAAUUACGAUGCUGAAUUAAAAACAGCCCUUCCCCUCUCACACACACACCUCUCACAGCUUGCGACAAUUCCCGUCUAUUUAUGGACGCUCUUUGAGGCCCACGUAUCAGUGAAAUGUCCUGUUUUUUUUUGCUUUAGAUCCCAUGUCACAUGUUUGUCUGUGUCCUGCAAGGACCUGUUGUUUUUUUUUCCCUGGGUCCAUUUGCAUCUGGGGCUCUCAACAAGCCCAGCAGCUGCCCUUUCUUCACUUUGAAUCCUAAUGAUUACUUUCAAAGGAAAGCGCCCCUACACUACCCCCGUCAAGUGUGGGGACCAGGAGGAGUCUGUCUCCUGUUGGAGGAUGCUCAUCUUCACUGUGCCUUCCAACUGGCCAAGACCACCUUUAAUUAGCAACCUGCGUCUUCGAAGAUUGGAGCGAGAGACGGGAGUGAGAGAAGAGGAUGAAGAUUAUUUUCUGGUGAAUGCCCUAUAACCAGUUUUUUUGUAUACGACUGGCAAUUACUCGUCAACUUAAUCAUUGAAAAUCUAGCAUCGCUAAUUUUCUCCUGAGGCCCAUCUGCUACACACGUUGACAUAAUGAGGCUGGUUCUGGUCAAACCCACCAAUGCAACACACCGUCUUGACUCAACUGGAGAUAGUCGUCAUGACCGUGACGCUGAAAACUGCAACUCAGACGGGGCAUCUCCUACCGUACCAUCCGAGGUCAUGAGGUAUCAGUACUCUGGAACAGCCCUCCAUCCCCGGGCCUCCACGCGAGAACAUGGCGGCAACUUCGCCCCGACCGUGUCCUCGCACGCAACCACAAACGGAGUUCCCCUUUUGCCCAUUUCUUCUCCACAUCCGUCUCCACUCAAAACACGGAGCACCACGCUUUCGCAGUUGAGCAAUCAAGACCUGCUUUGUUUCUGCAGUCAGAUAGGAAGCCCCCCUGAUCUUCACCUGGGCUCUGUUCAGUCUGCCGAGUGGCAUGGGACAGACACGGGACAUCACAGCCAGGAAUGCCACUGCGACGGUCCUCUCGACAUGCUCCAGGAUUCGGAGGCAGCCAGUUUUCAGCCUCGGUCAAAGCAGGGCUUCCUCAAGGACUGCCUCACCGGGUUUUCCAAGAGUGGAAAUCUCAGCACUAUGAAGCAACUGAGGUCCUUGGUGCCUUCGACAAUAAAUAUUUUCCCUCAAGUCCGAAAUCAAGAGGAUGACAUGAGAGAGAUGGUUCAUUCCUUCACGGAUAGUUUCAUGUCCCACUGUGAAGGAGAGGGAGAAUUCAAAGAGCAUCACCAGCGAAAACAAACCAACCAUUUUCAACUCAAAGAUCAUCCUCUACCUCCCGUUUCGACCGCAGAAACCCCAGACCAUCUUCUCAACAUCCCUUUGCAUUCAGUCGACUCCAGUGAAGCAAGACGGCACCUGACUUUCUCCCAGCGGCAAGGGCAGCAGCACCCGUCAUUAACACCUCAGAAGAUGUCAAGUCGAAGUCCACAGAACUGCUGUGUCGGCGACCUGGUCGACCUUUGCGGGGACCAGCCGCAAUCACUUCAGCAGUAUCUACGGCAAGACUCGGAUCCCCAACGUGGUUUUCAACGAAACCCCUGGACUUCGGAUGACAAAAUACAACCCGUCUGCCCCAAGCAUCACCAGUUCCCGGCCUAUCCUCCAUUCACCAGCACCGCUCGCGUAAGGAGGUCGUCUGAGGCAGCCAGCAAACGAGGAAGUAUUUAUUCUUCAACAAGUAGCUAUCGCUGGCAGGAGAAUCAUUACUGUAACGAGAAGAGGAACAAGCAACCGGAUAAUCAGGGCCGAGACGGGUCUAAGUCGUCCCUCUCCAAUUGUUCUCCACCUCCCUUAAACACCUUCCCGACCGGUGGCACCUUCAAUGGAGACGCCGGGAGACCUCUGGAGAGCCACGGCACUUCCGAGACUCAUUUGGCCAACCCGGCCUUUGAGAGAACGCCUGUCCAGAGUUCCUUUUUAGAGGAGGUCUUCUCGAAGGACUCCAGUAAGGCCUGCAGCAACAGUCUCACCAGGGAUGGAGGUGAGGCGCCACAGAGGAAGACGAAGGACAUCGGCUACCGGCUGGGCCAACGCAGGGCGCUCUUCGGGAAGCGCAAGCAGCUGAGCGACUACGCGUUGAUCUGCGGGAUGUUUGGGAUCGUUGUCAUGGUGACCGAGACGGAACUGUCCUCUGUCGUUUACACCAAGGCAUCGACGUACUCCUUUGCGUUGAAGUGCCUCAUCAGUCUCUCCACUGCUAUAUUGAUAGGCCUCAUUCUGAUGUACCAUGCCCGGGAAAUACAGCUCUUCAUGGUGGACAACGGAGCGGAUGAUUGGAGGAUAGCCAUGACCUACGAGCGGAUUUUCCUGCUCAUUCUGGAGCUCCUGGUCUGUGCCGUCCACCCCAUCCCCGGCCAGUACGCGUUCGCCUGGACCACGCGGCUGCCCUUCACCAACCCGCCCUCGGCGGCCAAGGCCGACAUCGACAUCCUCCUCUCCAUCCCCAUGUUCCUGCGCCUCUAUCUGAUUGGCAGAGUCAUGCUGCUGCACAGCAAGCUGUUCAGCGACGCUUCCUCGCGGAGCAUCGGAGCCCUGAACAAGAUUAGCUUCGACACGCGCUUCGUCAUGAAGACUCUGAUGACCAUCUGCCCCGGCACUGUGCUUCUAGUGUUCAGCGUGUCUUGCUGGAUCAUCGCCGCGUGGACCGUCCGCGUGUGCGAGAGGUAUCAUGACGCUCAGGGGGUGACCAGUAACUUCCUGGGAGCCAUGUGGCUCAUCUCCAUAACCUUCCUCUCCAUUGGCUACGGAGAUAUGGUCCCUCACACGUACUGUGGGAAAGGAGUCUGUCUACUGACAGGUAUCAUGGGAGCCGGCUGCACUGCAUUGGUGGUCGCUGUGGUUGCGAGAAAGUCCGAGUUAACCCGGGCCGAGAAGCACGUUCACAAUUUCAUGAUGGACACGCAGCUGUAUAAACGGGUGAAAAACACAGCAGCUAAUGUCCUCAGAGAGACAUGGCUCAUCUACAAACACACCAAGCUGGUCCCCAAGAUCGACCAUGCAAAGGUUCGCAAACACCAACGCAAGUUUCUGCAAGCUAUUCACCAGCUACGCAGAAUCAAAAUGGAGCAGAGGAAACUCAUGGACCAGGCCAACACGCUCGUUGAUUUGGCGAAGACUCAGAGCAUGAUGUAUGACUUGGUCUCAGAUCUGCAGCGGCGCAGCGAGGAGAUGGACAGGCGGAUGGAAACCCUGGAGGGUAAACUAGACGCAAUCCUCCUCAGCCUGCAAGCCCUACCGAGCAUGCUCUCUCAGGCCAUGACUCAGCAGCAAGCGGACUUCCUGGAUGGCCUGCUCCAGCGGGUGCGGGCAGCAUCGUUAGUCUCCGCUCCUCUUCCCGAGCAGCCGCGUCCAUCCUCCGUGACGUCGGAAAUCUUAUUGCACAGUGGAUCGCCUGCUGACAUUCCUGAAAUCUGAAUGGAUCCAUUCAAUGUUUAUUUGUGUCAUUUUCAGACAGUUUCUACUUUAUUUAAAGUAUCUGUAAGAUCUUUUGGGACUUUAAUUUCCCACAGGAAGAGCAUAAUAAUUGUCCACCAGAUGGCGCUAUUAACUUUUGUUUGACGCUACAUUGACAAUUAAAUGGACAACAUUAGAGGAUUAAAACAACUUUAACUGAUCUCAAAGUGUAUUGGUCUAUUUAAAGGUUUUUUGUUUGAAUUCCUUGUUACUUAUAUAAGGAAUCCGGGACAAUGUAGUUGCAUUUAAUCCAUGUUUCUUACUCCGUUAUUUUUAUUAUUAAACUGUAUUUUUUG